CCGCGCCAUGGAGGGCUGCACCGCCUUAGCCCCAGCCCGGGUCGCCGCCCCCCGCCGCCGCCGCCGCCGCCAGCCGCACCCCCCGUGCCAGCUCCCGCUGCUGCUCUCCGGGCUCGGUUUCCUGGUCCCCUCGAAAGCAGCAUGAAGGCGACGCGGGCCGAAGGCGGGAGCUCCCCUUUCUGCACGCGCCUCAACCACUCGUACCCCGGCAUGUGGACGCCGGACGGGGCCGCCGAGGCGCGGGGCAACCUCACGCGCUCGCCCGGGCGCGGGGAGAACUGCGGCUCGGUGUCCGUGGUCUUCCCGAUCACCAUGCUCAUCACCGGCUUCGUGGGCAACGCGCUGGCCAUGCUGCUGGUGUCGCGGAGCUACCGACGCCGGGAGAGCAAGCGCAAGAAGUCGUUCCUGCUGUGCAUCGGCUGGCUGGCCCUCACCGACCUGGUCGGGCAGCUCCUCACCAGCCCGGUGGUCAUCGUCGUGUACCUGUCCAAGCAGCGCUGGGAGCAGCUCGACCCGUCGGGCAGGCUGUGCACCUUCUUCGGGCUGACCAUGACCGUCUUCGGGCUGUCCUCGCUCUUCAUCGCCAGCGCCAUGGCCGUCGAGCGGGCGCUGGCCAUCCGGGCGCCGCACUGGUACGCGAGCCACAUGAAGACGCGGGCCACGCGCUCGGUGCUGCUCGCCGUGUGGCUGGCGGUGCUGGCGUUCGCGCUGCUGCCCGUGCUGGGCGUGGGCCAGUACACCAUCCAGUGGCCCGGGACGUGGUGCUUCAUCAGCACCGGCGGAGGAGGAGGAGGAGGAGGAGGAGCGGGCAACGGGACGAGCUCUCCGCACAACUGGGGCAACCUUUUCUUCGCCUCCACCUUCGCCUUCCUGGGGCUCUCGGCGCUGGCUGUCACCUUCGCCUGCAAUCUGGCCACCAUCAAGGCCCUGGUGUCCCGCUGCCGCGCCAAGGCCACGGCGUCACAGUCCAGCGCGCAGUGGGGCCGAAUCACGACCGAGACGGCCAUCCAGCUCAUGGGGAUCAUGUGCGUGCUCUCCGUCUGCUGGUCGCCUUUGCUGAUAAUGAUGUUGAAAAUGAUCUUCAAUCAGACAUCAGUUGAGCACUGUAAGAUGCAGACAGAAAAGCAGACAGAAUGCAACUUCUUCCUAAUAGCUGUUCGCCUAGCUUCAUUGAACCAGAUCUUGGAUCCCUGGGUUUAUCUGCUGCUAAGAAAGAUCCUUCUUCGGAAGUUUUGCCAGAUCAGGCACCACAAAAACAACUACGCAUCCAGUUCCAUCUCCUUACCGCACCAGUGCUCCUCAACCUUGAUGUGGAGUGAACAUUUGGAAAGAUAAUGAAAGAAUGAAGUUGGACUUCUGCCCCACCUCCAGUUUCCUGUAAUCCUUCCUUCCCGAAUCGGUGCAUUUCUUCCCAACUAAG